AUGGAGCACAAAGAUGAUGACGAUGAUGAUGUGUCUUUUGCCAAAUGGAUGAGCAGCUUCUGGGGUCACAGCUGGAUAGAGGAGGAUGAGAGAGGACUCCGGGACCGCCAUGGAUCACAGAACUCCAGUUACAGGAAAACCUCCCUGCCCUGCCCAUUUCCUGUGCUUCCCAGCAUGAUGUCAUCUGACAGCCAUCCUAGAAGUCAUUCUUAUGAGGACCAGGGAUUUCAAUGCCAUACUCACGUGCGGGAUUACAGAAAAUACCCAGAGGAUGGGUCAUUCAAGGAGCCCCUGGAAUCAAAAAGAAGAUCGCAUUCCAAAAUUCAGGCAUUUUCAGAGUCCUUUGAACAGCAACUCUGCUUUAGAACCAAACGCUCUGUCUCUUCGGGACCUGAGAGCAGAAAGGAGAGAAAUGAGAGAGAAUACCGGGCAGUGGAAAUGAGGUCUUGCAAGAAAGUGGAGGAAAGAAGGAGCUCUGGGAAGGAAGAGUGUGGAGAAGCUUACCUGCCCGCCCUGUCUGAAAAGGGGCCCAAAUAGUACUUUGUUUCCACACCAUGACUACUGAUGCUGCUGUGUUUUUCUGAGCCCCAAUUCACCAGGCCCAGGAGUGGUAGCUGUAGAGUCUGCAGAUGCUGAGUGGCUCAAGUGGGUGGUUGAUUCAGCUGCUCCCCAAGACAGCUUGCAUCAUACUCCAGCUGCUUUUCAGAGUGUGAUCUGCUCUGUUGCCCUUUUAUGGGAAUAAAAAGGAUAAAAGGUAUUUUAAUAGCAUAAAGUAAUUAUUGAAA